CCCCCGUCUGCUCUUUAAGGAGAUGGAGCGAGCGUUUAUUUUGGUACGUUGGUUGGUGGUGGCAGGGGGAGCGCGAGCCGUGGGCAUUUGUGUGCUGGGAACAGGGAGAAUGGAAGCAGGGCAGCGGGGAGGGGGCGGGUGGGAGAAGAGCCGGGAGUGUGUUACUGUGUCUCCUCUUUGUGCACCCCUGGGGGGGUUACCCAAGUUCAUUUCCAGCAGGUGGAUUUAGAGAGGGAGUUACUUAACGCUUGACCGCCAGUUUUGAAAAAAAGGAAAAAAGAAAAAAAAAAAAAAAGGACCUGCUUCCUAUGUCUAUUAAAGGAAGCUCCAAUUUUUUCCCUCUCUCUCUCCUCUCUCUCUCUCUUUCCUCUCUUCCUAACCAGACAGCGGGAGGGUUUCUGGCUCCUCGCCAGCCCAAAAGCCUCUAAGUGUUUUGCACUUGUUUCAGGGAGCCCGGGGAUUUUUUUCAGCAUUUUCACUAGAGAACAAAGAGUUCUUUACAAAGGAAAGGGGGAGAGCGAGCUUAACGCCUGAGAUAUGUUUUUCUAUUUUUAUUAGGGAUUUUUUUUCCCCUACUAAAAAGAAAGAGAGAAGCAAAGCACAGAAUGUGUGGCAGCAACAAAAUAGAUUGAAAGGAAAUGCAGUUCUCUUACCUCCAAAUUAUAAUUUGGAAUAAAUAAGAACAGGAAUGGAAGGGGGACAAGACCAAGUGAGUUUGAUGGCUUUUAGGCCACAAAAACAGAGUGUACCUUGGAGUCAUCAAACUGGAAAAACAAUCAAGACCUGCUCAGUCCAUCUUCCCAGGGCCAGUGAAGGAUGGUGUGUGCAUCACGUCUAGUGUUUUGUCUAGACACAGCCUCUCUCUGUUCCCUGCCCCAAUGAACGUCUGCACUAGGUCCAAGGCUUGGAGUAAUUUACCUGAAGAGUGAUACCAUUUGGAAACCACUGAAGAAACCCAAGACAGCUGAAAACCAGAAGGCGUCUGAGGAGAAUGAGAUUACUCAGACGGGUGCAUGCAGCGCCAAGCCGGGCCUUCCCUGCCUGAACCUUGAAGCUGUUCCGUCUCUGAGCCCGGCCCUCAUCCACUUUCCACAUUCACCAACAAACCUGCACGCACACACAGGGUCAUCUGAUUGUAACAUCAGUUGCAAGGGGAUGACAGAGCGCAUUCAUAGCAUCAACCUUCACAACUUCAGCAAUUCUGUGCUCGAGACCCUCAACGAGCAGCGCAACCGUGGCCACUUCUGUGACGUGACGGUCCGCAUCCACGGGAGCAUGCUACGCGCCCACCGUUGUGUGCUGGCGGCUGGCAGCCCCUUUUUCCAGGACAAAUUGCUGCUGGGCUACAGUGACAUCGAGAUCCCCUCAGUGGUGUCAGUCCAGUCUGUGCAAAAGCUCAUUGACUUCAUGUACAGCGGGGUGCUGCGGGUCUCACAGUCAGAGGCCCUCCAAAUCCUCACAGCUGCCAGCAUCCUGCAGAUCAAGACUGUGAUCGAUGAGUGCACAAGGAUUGUCUCGCAAAAUGUGGGAGAGGUCUACCCAGUGAUUCAGGAUUCUGGCCAGGAGACACCCAGAGGAACACCCGAAUCAGGCACCUCGGGGCAGAGCACCGACACAGAGUCUGGCUACCUGCAGAGCCAUUCACAGCACAGUGUGGACAGGAUCUAUUCGGCCCUCUAUGCCUGUUCCAUGCAAAAUGGCAGUGGGGAGCGCUCCUUUUACAGUGGAGCUGUGGUCAGCCACCAUGAAACAGCCCUGGGACUCCCCAGGGACCAUCACAUAGAAGAUCCCAGCUGGAUUACCCGGAUCCAUGAACGGUCACAACAGAUGGAGCGGUACCUCUCCACCACUCCAGAGACCACACACUGCCGCAAGCAACCGCGCCCUGUCCGAAUUCAAACCCUGAUGGGCAACAUCCAUAUUAAGCAGGAGAUGGAGGAUGACUAUGACUACUAUGGCCAACAGAGGGUGCAGAUCCUUGAGCGCAAUGAGUCUGAGGAAUGCACUGAGGACACUGACCAAGCAGAAGGCACUGAGAGUGAGCCCAAAGGGGAGAGUUUUGACUCAGGCGUCAGUUCCUCCAUUGGCACUGAGCCUGAUUCCAUGGAGCAGCAGUUUAUGGCUGCUCUGGGCCGGGAUGGGCAGCAAGAACCUUCUCAAGCAGAUCAAAAUGACGUCCCUGCUGAUGGCACUCAGCCGCAGCAGCAGCAGCAACAUGUAGAUGCCAACUCUUCCUCACCAGAGAGAAGCAAUGACGUUGAAAUGGACAGCAAAGUGCUCACAGUCAAUAACAGCACCGAAAAGGGGGCUUUGCAGCCUUCUGUCAACACAACUGUUGCCCAACCAUUGCCAACCACACAGAUCUACUUACGCCAGACAGAAACCCUCACCAGCAAUCUGAGAAUGCCACUGACUCUGACCAGCAACACUCAGGUCAUUGGCACAGCUGGCAACACCUACCUGCCUGCCCUUUUCACCACACAGUCUGCUGGCAGUGGCCCUAAACCUUUUCUCUUCAGCCUGCCCCAGCCUUUAGCUGGCCAACAGACACAGUUUGUGACAGUGUCCCAGCCUGGCCUGUCAACCUUUACUGCCCAGCUGCCAGCCCCACAGCCCUUGGCCCCGUCUGCGGGCCACAGCACAGCGGGUGGGCAAGGCGAAAAAAAGCCUUACGAGUGCACUCUCUGUAACAAGACUUUCACCGCCAAACAGAACUAUGUCAAGCACAUGUUUGUACACACAGGUGAGAAACCACACCAAUGCAGCAUCUGUUGGCGCUCCUUCUCUUUAAAGGAUUACCUAAUCAAACACAUGGUGACGCACACCGGCGUGAGGGCGUACCAGUGUAGUAUCUGCAACAAGCGCUUCACCCAGAAGAGCUCCCUUAAUGUGCACAUGCGUCUCCACCGUGGGGAGAAGUCCUACGAGUGCUACAUCUGCAAGAAGAAGUUCUCCCACAAGACCCUGCUGGAGAGGCAUGUGGCUCUGCACAGUGCCACCAACGGCACGCCUGGAGCCACCGGCACCGGCGCGAGGGCUGUCCCCGCCGGGGUGGUGGCCUGCACGGAGGGGACCACGUACGUCUGCUCUGUCUGUCCAGCUAAGUUUGACCAAAUCGAGCAUUUCAACGACCACAUGAGGAUGCAUGUGUCAGACGGAUAAGUAGAAUCUCUCUCUCUCUCUUUGUUAUGAACAACAAAAAUAGAAACAACAAAAAAAAAAAGAAAGCUAUGGCACUAGAAUUUAAGAAAUUAUUUUUGUUUCAUUUUUACCUUUAUUUUCCUCCUUUUUUUGGGUUCAUUUUGUUUUGUUGUUUUUGUACUACAUGAAGAACUGUUUUUUGCCUGCUGGUACAUUACAUUUCCGGAGGCUGGGUGAAUAAUAAUUUUCCCAGCCUCCCUCGGAUGGUGGCCUUAAGGCCAGGUAGUGCUUCAUGAGCUCCACUGGUUGGAUCUCUAGCUACUGGCCUCUAAAUACAACCCUUCUUUACUACAAAAAGCAAACAACAAAAAAAAAAACCACAAAAAAAAAUUAAAAAACAGACAAAAAAAUAAUAAAAAAAAAAAUCUUUUUUUCUCACUUGUGAAGAGCACUACAAAAAAAACAAACAAAACAAAAUAUACUACAAAUCUACAAGGCCUACUGUCAUUAUAAGUACACCGCUUGCAGUGUUUCAAUGGACAUGAUUCACAUUGCUGACCGCUUUUGGACUUCACAGUAUCCAGUUAGAACUGUGGAAUAUUUUGCUUCUGGUUGAACAGCAACCAGAGGAAACAAGGCCCUGCUGGUUUCCACCACGAGUCUGCUUUUUCACACACACACGCAUCCACAAACACACAAAAGGGCUGAGGGGAAUGCGAGGCAGUGUGGCUUGGAUAGUGUGGAGUCCCUGCAGGGUGAGGAAAAAGAAUCAGAGGUUCCUCACCUGGAUUCUGCUCCAUCCCACGCUCUCUGGCGCACCCUCCCCGCUGCUUUUCUCGUACCACCACCUUAUAGCAGAAACCAAGAAGAUUCAGACAAAGAGCAACGGUGGCUUUUUGUAAUUUAUUCAGUGUCUUCGCUGAGCACAGGGCCUCAGCACAAUCAAGAGGGACUUUCACAGAAGGCAAAGAGAAACACAGAGGAAAAUCAAAGAUAUCAGAGGUUGCAACCUAUGGAUCUAGGUACAAGAGAAGGGUUAGUUCCCACAAUCUUUGCAAAAAAAAAAAAAAAGUUGCAUCAGGAUUUAUUCUUGUGGAA